AUGCAGAGCUCGUUUAGCACUCGUACUGUAGCCCUCUGCCCUGAGAGCUCUCAGUCAGACUCCGAAAUCCGAUCCUCGCUCAGUAACCAGCCUCAAGAAAGGGAAAAGAUGCUGCUUCGAAGCUGGACAAGCAUCCUUGGCGGGUUUCUCCUGUACUAUGUUAACCCCAUAUAUACCCAUGAUGGGCACGACUAUUCUGAUCGUGAGAAGAGCUCCAUUGACCGUAGGGAAGAGCUCCUGAAGAAAUGGGACCAGGAGUGGAGUUUUUCUGGUGUUUCAACCUUCGCCCAUCUGAAGCAUGUAAAAUGCCUCCUAGAGCCGGAUGAGCACUAUGAUAUCGCUAUACUCGGAGCUCCUUUCGAUACUUCCGUUUCCUUCCGGCCGGGAGCCCGCUUCGGCCCGCGCGCCAUCCGCGCCGCAAGUGCUCGCCAGCUCCCAGCAAAUAGCUACAACACCCGCGCUGCCAUCAACCCCUAUCUGAACUGGGCUCGCAUUCUCGACUGUGGAGGUAUCCCUAUUAUGCUAUUUGACAACGGGGUGGCAGAACGCCAGAUGUACGAGGCCUUUCUGGAGUUAGGCACCCGUGAGGCCCCAAACCCUAUUCCUGGGGCAUUUCGCACGGAAAGCCCAAGAUUGUCACACUGGGCGGUGAUCACAGCAUCACCCUACCGGCUCUUCGUGCCUUGCACAAGAUCUACAGAAAACCGGUCACCCUUUUUCCACACGGCCAGCCGCGAAGGGUUGAUUUCCAACACCAGCUCCGCACACGCAGGUCUCCGCACCCGUCUGACCGGGCUGGAUGAUGGCGAUUAUUCAAAUCCCGGGCCCGAACAGGGCUUCCUUCGAAUCCAUGCGGAUGAGAUUGACGAUGUUGGCCCGAACGGGAUCAUCAACAGCAUCAUCUCGCGCAUCGGCCUUUCUCCAGAAGAACCUGUCUACCUGAGCCUUGACAUUGACGUGCUAGACACGGGCAUUGCCCCCGGGACCAGCACGCCGGAGCCCGGUGGGUGGACUACGCGGGAGCUGAUUAGGAUCCUGCGAGGAAUCGAGAAGUUGAACCUUGUCGGUGCGGAUAUUGUGGAGGUCUCACCUAGCUACGAUACCGCUGGGGAGAUUACUGCUCUCGCAGCUGCGCAGGUUGCGUUUGAGAUUAUUACGAGCAUGGUCAAGCUGGGUGUCAAGGAGGAGGUGGGAGGUUGGUAUGGGAAGAAAGAGGAGGCAGGGAAGAAAAAACGGGAUGAGCUUUGA